GCUGGGGUUUGGGGAAAGGUUCAAAUUUGUGAAGCCCCUGAACAGAGGAGGUAUUUAUUUAAAACUAGAGGAAGAAGUGAAACAAUUGAGAUAAGAACAAGAAGAAAAUGUUCAGAGGACCUUUGACAGUGACUUGUUUUAGAAGUUAAAAAAGGGAGCUAGGAUACAGAGUGAAGGAGGAGGUGAAUUAGGACAGUGAGUCUCAUGGAUGCCCAAGCAAGGAGAGAAUUUCCAGGGAAAGUGUCUCCACUGGAACCCCAAGGAGAGCUGCUGAAUCUGGAUUAUAUGCCAAGCAUCUUCAGUGUUGAUGGUGACAUCAAAGGAGAACAGGCCACUGGAUUUGGAGAACAGAAAAAUGGAGCAAGAAGAUCAGUGUGUGUAUGAAUACCAGGACUCAGAAGACAGAGAGAUGGGCUGUGAUUUUGAGGACACCAAGGACAGGGAAGGGAACCCACAGGAAAGAGGAAUAAAUUCUAAUCCACAGGAUGCGGGAGAGAGAGGCCAUCUGGUGGAGGAGAUGGACUGCAAGCCACAGGAUGAAGCUCUGAGAGGGGACAUGCGGGAGAGAGAAGUAGCACCCAGCACCUGCACAGAGGGACUGCUGAGUGAGGAAGGAACGGUUGCUCUCCCUGAGGAAGAGGAUGCCCAGCCUGGUGUGUCUGACAUGGUGAUGUUUCCAAAUCUGUCUGAGUCAGACAGCAUGGCCCGGAGCCCGGCACAGGAGGGAGAGGAGAGCGCUGGAGAGAACCGGUUGGAAGAGGAAGAGGAGCAGCCACCCCCUCCUGUACUUCCCUGGAGGCGCCACCUCUCCCUGGCGGGUCGGCACAGGGGCGACAAGCCCUCCCACCGCCGCUUCCAUCGGCUGCACCACCCCUUGGCCAUGGACCUUGGGGAGCUUGACAGCCUGGUGGCCAGUAUCAUGGACGCGCCCACCAUCUGCCCAGACUGUGGGGAGAGCUUCAGCCCGGGCGCGGCUUUCCUGCAGCACCAGCGCAUUCACCGGCUGGCAGAGGCCGCUGCUGUGGCCAGCCUGGAGCCCUUCGGCCUGGCAGGCGAGUGCGGGGCGGUGGUAGGCAUGAUGGGGGUGAGCGUGGCGGGGGGCUUCAGAGCGGGGCCUGUGCUGGCCCGGCCCCCACGCGAGAAGCCUUUCCGCUGCGGGGAGUGCGGCAAGGGCUUCAGCCGCAACACCUACCUGACUAACCACCUGCGCCUGCACACGGGCGAGCGGCCCAACCUGUGUGCAGACUGCGGCAAGAGCUUCAGCUGGCGCGCCGACCUGCUUAAGCACCGCCGCCUGCACACCGGCGAGAAGCCCUACCCGUGCCCCGAGUGCGGCGAAGCUUUCAGCCUCAGCUCACACCUGCUCAGCCACCGGCGCUCACAUGCGGCGGCCAGCGGUGCGGGCGCAGCGGCGCUGCGGCCCUUCGCCUGCGGGGAGUGCGGCAAGGGCUUCGUGCGCAGGUCCCACCUGGCCAACCACCAGCGCAUCCACACCGGCGAGAAGCCGCACGGCUGCAGCGAGUGCGGGAAGCGCUUCAGCUGGCGCUCGGACCUGGUGAAGCAUCAGCGCGUGCACACAGGCGAGAAGCCCUACAUGUGCUCUGAGUGCGGGGAGGCCUUCAGCGUGAGCUCGCACCUGUUCACACACAAGCGCACGCAUUCGGGUGAGCGGCCUUACGUGUGCCGCGAAUGUGGCAAGGGCUUCGGGCGCAACUCACACCUGGUGAACCACCUGCGGGUGCACACAGGCGAGAAGCCCUUCCGCUGUGGCCAGUGCGAAAAGUGCUUUAGCGACUUCUCCACACUCACUCAGCACCAGCGCACGCACACGGGUGAGAAGCCCUACACGUGCAUCGAGUGCGGCAAGAGCUUCAUCCAGAGUUCUCACCUGAUCCGCCACCGCCGCAUCCACACCGGCAACAAGCCGCACAAGUGCACCGGUUGUGGCAAAGGCUUCCGCUACAAAACGCACCUCGCACAGCACCAGAAGCUGCACCUGUGCUAGGGUGGGUGGAGAGAGUAAGUGGGGAGUAGGUGUCCCCGGGACAGAACCUCUCGAAGGAAGUUGGUGCAGGGGCAGGAGGGACAGUCUGAAAGUGACUGAAGAGCCUUUUGUUGUUCUGGGGUCCCGAAGGGAAGGGUUGAGGAGCAGUUAUUUUGGGGUGCUAUAUAUUUCGCCUACCUCCUCUCCAUCAAAGAACUUGGAAGGUGUGGUUGAGUGGAUGGCUUCCUUGAAUAUGCGCUGUAGGGAGUGAAGGGUGUGGAUGAGCCAAGGCUCUGAGGCCUUCAGGAGGGAGAUUUGGAGCGGGGAACAAGAGACAGCACAGAGUACCUUGGCUUUGGUGGGCUGUGGGAUCAGGGAAGAAGGCAUGGCUGGAAUGAGAGUUAUGGGGUAAAAUAAAAUGCAGGUGUAAACCUGUCUUGGUCCCACUAGGUGGUAAGAAGUGUUUGCCCUGACUGCGAUGCCCUGCCCACCCCAUCGACCCCAUAGGCAACCCCAUAAGAGAGGAUAUUGGCUGUAUGCUUCCUUUCCUUUCUCUGAGCCACAGUUAGCUGCUAUUUUAGGCAUCCAGGGGAAAUGGCAUGAAAGACAACACAUCUUCAUUUCAAGGGGCGUCCUCUGGGGUUUAGAAAUUCAUUUAUAACUGGUUCUCAGACCUCUUGCAAAAUCCUGCUCCUGGUUUUUUGCUGCUUCCUUGAAAGCACUGUAGCUUCAUGCUGAGUCUAGGUUGUCUGUGAAGAUGACCCAUCUCUCUCUCUGUUGUAGGUAUACACCAGGCCCAGUAUUUUUUUUUUUUAAGGUCUCACUUGUGACUUUUCAGGUACAAGGAAAUGGAACAGUCCCAACUCUGUAUAACUUUCCCCUUCUCAGGUCAUCUUGGUGUGUGUUUGAAGUGAAACUGGACUAUCAACAGCUACCCCAGGCCGUACAAAAAUGAAUUAGCUCAGAGUUUUGCUGGCCUUACAUGAGAAAUCCAGAAGAGUAAAGUUUGCAUGUUGAAACGCAAAACUCCUUUGUCUCAUUUGCCUUUACUUUGCAUGUGUGGGCCCUGUCCCCCAGUAACCCCCACCUCUACCCUUACUAACGAGGGGUCUAGUCCAAGCAGGAAGUUCUGUUUCCUAUGUGUGGAGGCACUGUAGAAAUCUCAAGGCUUUACACAAAGAGGGAAUGGUCUGGGAGAGGUGUAAAAGCAACAUUGCCAAAUAGCACAAGCGAUGAAUGUUCUCUAGUUCUAUAGAUGCCAAAAUAACACUUUUGGAUUUGCAAAGUGCUUUAUGCUUUUUAAUGAUUGUUAGUUGUUUCUCACAUCUUUGUGAGGUGAAUCAGUAUUAUGACCUCUUGUAGGGAAGGCCCGGGGACAGGAAUAUGGCAGGCUGUCUUGAAGGAAGGCCAAGGCCUGUGUGAAUUGGUGUUGCCUGACCUUUCAUGUUCUCUGGCUCAGCUGCUAGGAAGGCUUAACCUGUCAUGACUAUAUGAUAAGGACACUGAACAGUUUUAUGCUUGAUAGAAAACUCAAAUCUAGCCUAGAAGGGCCAAAGAUGUCCUUAUUGACAAAGCUGGUCUUUGUUACCUAGUUAGGGUAUCCUAGCUAUGUUCCAUUUCUAGUAAGAGGCUGUAGUUAAAUGACUUGUGUGUAGAUUUCAGUUUCCUACCCUGAAAAUUCCCUCCCAUAGGUUAGCCUUAGAAGCUAGAGUUGUGGAAAGGAGUGUUUUUCACUAAUAUUUGUUACCCUAUACUAUUCGUAGAAGCAUUUUCACAAACUGUUGGACACAGUUGAAGGGGGAAAAAACUACAAAAUUGUUUUUACAGUUUUAGCAAAGUUUCUGUGAAUGCUAGUAAUUUAUACUUGAUCAGCUGUAUUCUAGCACAGAACCUCUUUGGGGACUAUAGGAAAGCAUGUUUUCGUCAUAACACAAAAAAAUCCUGAGAAUUUUGGGUUGUAUAUUGCCUAUUGAUCUUGCCCUCUCAAACAUUUCGUUACUAUUCAGAGAUGAAACUGGAUGUUCAUACUAGGGAUAGUUUUGAAGGACACUAAUUAAUUUUCAUUUUCUCUUAGUCAAAACAAGCAAAGUACCUAUCUGUUAUUUAUUCUGACUCGUAGUCUGAAUACCAAUUGUAUACAAUCUAUCUAAAAAUAAUAUGACCAAUUUGUAGGUAAUAUUUCUCUUUUGUAGUGGUGUUUUAUCCAUGCACAUCUACCUCUUCCAGCUGUUUUAAGUUCUCUCAAGUCUGUGCCUAUACAAUCUCAUCCAACUUUUGAUUGUUUAUGAAUUGAUUAUUGACUUUGUGUGUUACUUGGUCUUUAGUUGCCAACAUUACAGUCUCACUGUCAUCAAAUUUGUUACAUAUCAGCAAAAUUGGAGUUUAAUGGGGAAUGGAAUGGGGAUUGAAGCUAAUGUAAAAUAAUGGCAGUGAAAAUCUUUGGACUUUGCCUCUCUUGUCCUUUUUAUUAUUAUGGAUAAGAGUCAGCUAUGGCAUUAGAAUCCCUUCUCCUUACCAGUAGAAAGCUGUUCAGCCACCAGUGCCCAAUCUCUUUGUGUAUUUAAAAUAUGAUUCCAUAUUUCAUGUUUCUCCAGGGUAUAUACCCAUAUUUUUUAAAAAAUGCAUUCAGGAGGGUGUUUUUUGUCUUUAAUUUUAGAGUAAUAGUAUUUCUUCAGCAAACCCUGUGAACUGUGGCUCAUCUUUUGAAAUGUUAAAGAUUCCUUCCUCCAAAUCAUUAAUGAUGGUAGCCACAAGUGCAUUAUUUGUUUCUUAGGGAAUUUGGCCAAGACCUCUGCUAAGCAAAACCUGAAACAGUCAAAAGUUUGAUUAACUCCUGAGUUCUGGGUUGGAAGGAGAUGAACAUUUAACCCUUUGAGCCAUAUGGUCUCUUUACAGUCAAGAGGCUGUACAUAUGUGAAAAGGUACAAAUUAAGGAUUUGUGUUCAUAGACAAUCUGAGCUGUGUUUCUGAAGUUUAUGCACACUUCACUGUAAUGUUAUUUUACAUCUGUUUGUUAAAAUAAUGAAUAAUUUAAUGUUCCUGAGAGUAACAGGUUUUGUGUGAGUAUAAAUUUGUGUAUGUGAGAAUUGCCUUGCUUUGGGGUUGUUUUAUUUAAUAUUGGUUCUUUGGACAGUUUUCUGGUGUUCAGCAACAAAUAUGGAAUAUUUGUCAUUAAAUCCACGUCAAUCUUUUCCUGUUAUUUUUCCUUUGUUACUCAUGCAUUAGAUGUGACACAGUUUGAUCUACAGAAGCUAUGUUAUGGUAAAAGAGGGGUUGGUGAACUCCAGAUCUGGCCUGACUCUUUUUGUAAAUAAAAUUUUAUUGGAAUAUA